AAAUGUAACGGAACACCGGCGGACCUCUCCGUGAGGUGAAUGUUUCCGGGGGACACAUUAGAGAGCGCACAAUGUUGCGUUCGGUGUUCCGGUUGUCUCGGUUUUGUGUCAGGUCACCGAGAUGUACGCUGUCACUUGUUCCCCUCUUGCGGCCGCCGGUCAUUCAUCAGUCCUCGGGUCUCUACUGUGGGACGCGGGGGCUCAGCAGUCAGAGCCCGGGCCCCAGCCGGGUAGUAGUUGUCGGUGUCCCGAAUCCCAUCAUCUGGUUUCGGACCAGAAUCUACUUCUUCAUUAUCAGAACCUACCUUGACCGGGACUUCAGCGUAGAAGAAUUUACUGACGGGGCCAAGCAAGCCUUCUCGUUUGUAUCCAGACUGUUGUCCCAGUGCAAAUUUGAAGCAUUGGAAAAUCUUGUGGCCAGCGAGAUCCUUAAAGACUUGAAGGAAAAAUGUUCAGUGCUUACUGACACCUACAGAAAUGCUCUGGCUGCAGAGUCUGAUGAGAUUAUGUACUCUUUUCCUGGAGAUGUGGCUAUUUAUUAUGAUGAUGACGGAAGGAAAUUUGUCAGCAUACUCAUGCGUUUUUGGUACAUGUCGCAUGCAGAUAUUCCUGAUGAGGAGCUAGAAGGAACAAAAUUAUUUCAAGUAGUAAUGGGGAAUGAAAAUGUCAAGGACCAGAAGCGUAUCCUCACCGCAAACUAUGAGUUUCGCAGAGAAUUUACUAAAGGAGUAAAACCAGACUGGAUUAUCACACGCAUUGAACAUUCAAAAUUGUUAGAGUGACAGGACAAUGCCAGGGGUCUUUGUCGCUCUGUCAUUUAAUAUUUAUUUUCAAACACAAUUGUACCUUUUGGAUAUUACGUUCUUCUUUCACUUUGUUUGCAAUUAAAGGUUUAAUUAUA